UGGGCCUGAGGGCGUGGCCGCGGCCAAGGCUCCGAGCGGCGUCGGGGGUCGAGGGAGCCGGCAGCAUGGAGGCGCCACUGUCGCCUCGCGAGUCCGCCAGGUUCGUGGCCGAGAACAGUCGUGACGUGCUCGUGGACCUCGAGGGCGUGCGCAGGGCGGCCGAGCUGCUGCUGCCCGCGGCCUCGGCGUGGCGUGUGGAGCAGUGGAAGGCCCUGCACGAGCUCAACCCGCGCGGGGCCGACGAGGCAGCGCUCGACUGGGUCUUCGUGGUGGACUCGCUCAACUUCUCCUUCUGGGCGGAGCAGGAGGAGCGCAAGUGUGAGGUGCGCUACGGAGGGACAGCAUACACCGGCUACUGGGCCCUGUGCGCCGCCGUGAACCGGGCGCUCGACCAAGGGAUACCAGUAACCAGCGCCUCCUACUAUGCCACCGUGACUCUUGAUCAAGUUCGGGAUAUCUUCCGUUCAGACACCGCCGUGCCCAUGCCUUUAAUAGAAGAGCGGCAUCGGAUUCUCAAUGAAACUGGGAAGAUUCUGCUGGAGAAGUUCGGCGGCUCUUUUCUUAAUUGUGUCCAAAAAAGUGAAAAGAGUGCACAGAGGUUAAUGCACUUGGUCGUUGAACAUUUUCCUUCUUACAGAGACGAGGCGCAGUUUGAGGGGAAAAGGAUUGCCUUUUACAAGCGAGCCCAGAUCCUUGUGGCAGACACAUGGAGUGUGUUGGAAGGAAAGGGGGAUGGCUGUUUUGAUGACAUCUCCAGCAUCACCAUGUUUGCUGACUACAGACUGCCACAGAUUCUUGUUUACCUUGGAGCCCUGAAAUACUCUGACAAGUUGCUGGAGAAGCUUCGCAAAGGAGAAAUGCUCUCAAAUGGAGACAAACAAGAGGUGGAAAUUAGAGGUUGCUCGAUUUGGUGUGUCGAGCUCAUCCGGAACUCUCUUCUGGAGCUUCUUGAAGAAAGGGGUGAAAAGCCUCAGGGUGAGAUCAACUCCAUUCUUCUGGAUUAUCACUUGUGGGACUAUGCUCGCGACCACAGGGACGACAUGAGAGCAAUCCCGUUCCAUCGCACCCGCUGCAUUUAUUACUGACCCUCGUGUGGACGGAUCCAGGGGAAAGACUUGCACUUUUAGAUCCUGCAGUCAUUUGCACAAUUUUGAUUUGAUAGAAAGACAAAAAUUAGAGGAAUAGGUAAUUGACUAUCCAGUCUUUGUUUCUGCUUUUUUUUUCUUGGCAUAUCAUUGUGUAUCCCCAUAAUCAUACUGCAUAAUCUUUAAUGAUAAUAUCCAUGUCUUUAGUUGGUAGCUUUUCUCAACUUGUAGUCAUUUUCUUCCUCUUCCCCUUUUUUGUGUUUUAUGGCCCUGGGGAUCAAGCCUAUGUCUUGUGUAUGCCAGGGAGGUGCUCUACCACUGAAUCACACGCCCAGCUUAGUUAUUGACUAUGUGCUAUAAUAAUUUAAUAUUAGAUAUAGUCUUUGGUAUAAAA